UACUUAGAAAAGUAGAAAACUGUAGACCAAAACAAGUCAAAGUGUGAGGUUAUGUAGAUAUAAUUGUUUGAAUAUUUGUAAAUUUUUGGGUUUUAUACAUUUCCUUUAGCUUAAAAGUACGUUUUGAUGAUUGUGGGUUCACUUCUAGAGAUGUGGUGUUAUUUAAACUGCGAAGAAAUGUGAUUUUGUUCAAAAAAAAAUUGGUUAAAAUUGACUCCAAUUCAAGAUGUACCGCACCGACAAGCAAUUUAUGACCAACCCUGCCACGGCCCCGUCCCGUGUUUACAUCGGGGGCCUCCCCAAGACAAUCGUCGCCGCCGAUUUGGAGGAAAAAUUCAAAAUGCAUGGAAAAAUCCUAGGCCUGGUCCUCCAAAUGGGCUUCGCCUUCAUCCAGUUCGAGAACGAAAGCCAAGCCCAGGCUGCAAUCCAAAACGAGAACAAUACGGUGCUCCACGGUAGAAAAAUCUGUGUGAGACAAGCGUUGGACAAGAGCCAAAAAGGGGCUAACAAUAUGAACAAACAAAUUCAAAAUCGAAGACCGGGCCCCCCCCCGCAUUACAACGAGCCGCCCCACAUGCCCCCACAGCAACAACAACAGUUCCAGAAUCAUCCGCCGCCCCCACAACAACAACCUACAGAAGAGCCCCCGAAGCCAGCCCCCAAGCCCGAGCCGGAGGAGCAAGCCCCGCCACCGAAAGAGGAGCCCCCCAAAAAGGAGGCGCCGAGGGGGAGGAAGCGGAGGAUGCAGAGUCGGGAGCGGUUUCAACCCGAUAUAUACAGGGAGGACGGGUAUUAUCCCCCGGGGAAGUACCCAAAUCGGCCACCAGUCGUUGACCAACCUGACAGAAACGACUGUGAAAUUAUAGUCGUCUCAAAACCCCUAACGAAAUACGCCGAGUAUAUUGAACAGAGACUGAAAGGACUGGGGCUCAUUGUGGACUUGCUGUUUCCCAACGAGGACGUCCCAAUUGGGCGAGUCUUGGCGAAUAUUUCAAGCAGGGGGUGUUUAUAUGCAAUUUUGGUAAUGCCCCAAAACGAGGAACACAGAAGUUUGACUCUUAAUAUUUUACAUGGGAAUCCCCAAGAGCAUAGGAAUAUGCCCAUUGAAGAUGCUUUGGUGUUAAUGACGCGAAAUUUUGAUGCUUAUAUGCGAGGUGAUAAGACGGCUUCGGAGCCGACCCCUGGGGCUAUCAAAAAUGUAUCAGACAGACAUCCAACAACAAUGCAGUUGUUGUUAAAUUUGCUGGCUGAAAACAGACAGUUAACAACAGCCCAGUACGACAGAUUGGUAAAGUAUUUGCAAGAGAGGCGCGAGAUCCAACACCAGCAUGAAAUAAGUGAAGGAGUUGAUCAAGAGUCACAAGAAUCCAACAGCAAACAAGCUGAACUUCAAAGUCGCAUCAUGAAUAUAUUAAAUAAAGCUUCCACUGAAACCCAACCGCCACCUCAAGAGCCGACACCAUCGAAUGAUGUUGCACCGCCACUUCUAAAAGAUCCUUCCGUUCAAAAGGCGCUGGACAGUCUUUUAGGGGGCGAAAUGUUUAAAAAUAUUGGUGUGGUGUAAUUUGACGUAAUUGUAUCGUGGAUUCAACAAUAAAAUGUGCUACUCGA